CUCCUCCGAACCGGCCAGCGCCGCGCGCGUAACGGCCGGGGGCGGUGCCGGGCCGGGCUCUGCCGGGCCCCGCCGCGGAGAGGACUGUGUUGAAUAUCUGAUACAAUGGCUGUGCAGAUGCAAUAUGAAGCAAAUGUGGAUACAUCUGCAGAAGAAGAGAGCUUUGGGCCACAGCUCAUAUCUAGGUUAGAGCAAUGUGGUAUAAAUGCAAAUGACGUGAAGAAGUUAGAAGAAGCUGGAUUUCACACAGUUGAGGCUGUUGCUUAUGCACCAAAGAAGGAAUUACUAAAUAUUAAAGGUAUCAGUGAAGCCAAAGCUGACAAAAUCUUGGCUGAAGCAGCUAAACUGGUUCCGAUGGGUUUUACUACAGCAACGGAAUUCCAUCAGCGGAGGUCAGAGAUCAUCCAGAUCACGACUGGAUCUAAAGAGCUUGACAAACUUCUUCAGGGAGGAAUAGAAACAGGGUCCAUAACAGAGCUAUUUGGGGAGUUUCGUACUGGAAAGACGCAAUUGUGUCAUACCCUGGCAGUAACCUGUCAACUCCCCAUUGACCGAGGUGGUGGUGAAGGAAAAGCUAUGUAUAUUGACACAGAAGGCACUUUCCGUCCAGAGCGUCUUCUUGCUGUGGCUGAAAGGUAUGGCUUGUCUGGCAGUGAUGUCCUUGAUAAUGUGGCAUAUGCUCGAGGUUUUAACACAGAUCAUCAGACCCAGCUGUUGUAUCAAGCAUCUGCAAUGAUGGCUGAAUCACGUUAUGCACUGCUGAUAGUGGACAGUGCCACAGCGCUUUACCGAACAGAUUACUCUGGAAGAGGUGAGCUGUCAGCUAGACAGAUGCAUCUGGCCAGAUUUCUGCGUAUGCUUCUUCGACUUGCAGAUGAGUUUGGUGUGGCAGUUGUGAUCACUAACCAAGUAGUUGCACAAGUAGAUGGAGCUGCUAUGUUUUCUGCAGAUCCCAAAAAACCUAUUGGAGGAAACAUCAUAGCACAUGCUUCCACCACCAGACUGUAUCUGCGAAAAGGCCGAGGUGAAACCAGAAUAUGUAAGAUUUAUGACUCUCCUUGUCUUCCUGAGGCUGAAGCCAUGUUUGCCAUUAAUACUGAUGGAGUGGGAGAUGCUAAAGACUGAAGACUCCUUUCCAUUUCUUAUGUAAUCUGAGACUAGUGGCUGUAAAAGGUUGCUUUCUUUGUGGCACCUUACAGAUGCUUUCCCACUGCAGCUGCUCUUCAGUGCUGGUGGAGGAAUCUGUUCAUUUCAACAUCCAUGUACAUCAAGUGAAUAUAUUCUGAGACACAUCUGAAGGUGUGGUUGGAAGAGAUUUUCACUCUUUGGCUUUAGUCACAUGUUAGAUUAACAUGAUUUCUUGUGAAAAUUUUCAGAGGACCGUAGCCUUUUUAUUUUUCCUCACAGCUGUUGCUGCUUUUGGAUUCUACCCAUGGACAUAGCGCAGUAAAAUGAUAAUACGUGGCAAUAGUUUAUAACUUGGUGAAUUUGAAGUAAGAUUGAUGAAUUUGUCAAAUAUGAAAAGUGGUGACUUAAUGGAUUGUUUUAAUGAUUAAUUAGAAAAUAAAGCAGAAUGAUAUUCUACAACAAGGAUUUGAGAA